CCAAACUUACUAACUAACGGCUUAUUGACAGAGUGUACUAGAGUUACAAGUUACAGCGGUGUUACAGCCAAUACAUUGAAAGAUACUUUCUCGUGCAGCAACAAUAGCUAAGCAUGGUUCAACUGCCACAAAGUUUCUCCAGUUUAGAUAUGACAUGGGUAAUACACUUUUGGUUUAGUACGUCAUAAUCAAGGUUUAGGAGGAGUGAAAACAAAUUGUGUCAGUAAUAAAUAAGUUCUAAUUGAUAAAAAAAAUAAUUAAGUGAAUUCUAUUAAUUAUAUGCAAAUGAUUUCGGGAAAAACUAAAACAGUUAACGAAAUUGAAUCAAAACGACCAAGAUUUCUACCUGUCACCACAUUAACAGAUGUCCAGGCUGUGCGUUGUGCCGAAUUUCAUCCAAAUGGAAAGUUAUAUGUUGUCGGCUCAAAUUCGAAAACAUUUCGAAUUUGCAAAUAUCCGCAAUUGUCUGAAUUAAAAAAAUUCCAUGAAGUUCAACAACCUACAGUGUUAUUUAAACGCACCAAACAUCAUAAAGGUUCCAUUUAUUGUACAGCAUGGUCAGCGGAUGGCAUAUUGAUAGCAACCGGCUCGAAUGAUAAAACCGUUAAGCUAAUGCAUUUCAAUAACGAUGAAACACAAUUGGAAGGACGGGAAAUAGACUUAACUAUGCACGACGGCACAGUUAGGGAUUUGUGUUUCUUAGAGGACACCAUAAAUAAAUCUCGACUAUUAAUAAGUGGAGGAGCUGGCAAUUGUAAAAUUUAUGUUACCGAUUGUGCUACAGCAACACCUUAUCAGACGCUUAGUGGGCACAGUGGACACAUAUUGUCAUUAUAUAAUUGGGGCGGUGUUAUGUUUGUGUCGGGAUCACAGGACAAAACAGUUCGUUUUUGGGAUUUACGUACUAACGAAUGUGUAAACACCGUUGCUCCAAUGACAUUACAGACGUCGUCAUUUGGAUCACCUGUCGCAUCGGUAUGCGUAGACCCAUCUGGUCGUUUAUUGGUCUCUGGUCAUGAGGAUAGUGCCUGUGUGCUAUUUGACAUACGUGGCAACAGACCAAUACAAUGUUUCCAACCACAUACGGCAGAUAUAAGAUCUAUACGUUUUUCACCUUCGGCCUAUUAUUUGCUCACGUGUGGAUAUGACAAUAAUAUUGUUCUUACCGAUUUGCAAGGCGAUUUAACCCUACCCCUACCAUCUGUGUUAGUCGCACAACACAGCGACAAAGCUAUAUCAGCACGUUGGCAUCCGACUGAUUUCUCCUUCCUCUCCACAUCUGCUGAUAAAACAUCAACACUAUGGGCUUUACCCCCAUUUUGAAAGUUGCCUUUAAAUAAUGUACCUAUUAUUAAUCGCUAACUAAUAAUAUACAUACACUUCUAAUA